AUGAGCACGCGCUCGGGUCCAAGUUCUGCCGGUCGCCCGGAGCGCAGCGACUCAGUGUCGAGCUCGAAGGAGAAGCCCAAGCUGAGCCGCUUUCGCGCUGCACUCGGUCACCGCGAUGCAAGUGUCGGAAGCAAGCUCAAAGCCUCGAGCUCCAAGCCCAAAAAGCGCAUUCUUCCGCGCUUCAAUCUGCCUGAAAGCACGCUCUGUUCUGGUCACAUGUGCGCCGACGUUACAGCAUCGUUGGCCUUGCAAACAGACCUCGCAACGAUUCGUCAAAGACGCAUGCAAGCGCGUUUGAAGAACGGAGACGCGACGUCGGAGAGCAGCAGUGAGGUUUUGCAGCCCCCGCCACCGCCGCGAGGUGCUGAUGCUUUGAGCACGGAGCAGUCGAGUCCGAGCAGCCAAGCAAAGAGGAAGGAUUCGAAGGUUCGAGAUUUGACGCUUGCAUCCAUGCCCGCCAGUUCCCACAGGGCGCAUGCGACGCUUGGCCACAUCGGCAACAAAACUCAGGAGGAAGUCAUGAGUCCGCCCUGGGGCUGCAUCGGCUUGCCCAGCUUGCCUGAAGCUGGCGAAGAGACGCCAAGAGUGCCAUCUCAGGGACCUUCACUCGAGGUCCAGCAGCCACAGGCACCGAAGCCACUCGAAGUGCUGCCAUCUUCCUGGAGUCCUCUGCUGAACGCCUUCCCGAUCGACACACCCAAUCGCCGGGCAUCCUUGGCUUCUGAUGUACCGGCGCAGUCUUGCAGUGACCUUAGCCGUCAAAGCAUGUGGGAUCAAGAGUCGGCUUUGGACCCGGAUGCAGACCUCGACAGGCUGAUCAGUACCUACCGUCAUAUGUCCAGCAGACUUACGGCCGGAAGCAACGCUGAGGCAUGGCAGUCGCAAGCUGAGACCGCCGCGCCGCAAGAAGCGCAUCUCACCACGCCAGAGCCAGCGUCUUGCCCUGCACCUAGCCAAGCCCGACGGCUGGCUCGAUCUCCCUCCCUCAACACCUUGCAUUCAUGCGGAUCCGGUAGAGCCCAAGCCAAGACCAAGCAACGAGGAACAAACUGUGAAGCAGUUCCAGAGGAAAGUAAUGUUGAUGCUUCUGGCGAUGAUUCGAGUGAUGCUCUCAACAAGCUGGGCGCACGAGCAGUCGACACAUUUGCCGAAGCUCUGCAUCGAGCUCAAAGUGACGCCUGCCACGGGUCGCACACUGUGGACGACAAAUUGGCCGCUCGUGGUUCGGAAGGCCAACAUCUGCGUGGCAAAACUCGCGGCGACUGGAUAGAGUCACUGCUUGAGCGCAAAGAGCUCGACGCAGAUGUUUCAGCCAGUCCCUCGUCGUUCAGCAAUCCAGUCCGAUGCAGGAUCGCUGCGUUGACAGACUCGAGCGCAACUGCCCUUGCCACUGCACCGCGGGUCAGGUCGGCAGCAACGCGCGAGCCAGGGCACUUUGGCAAACACGAGCAUGGCCAGUCUCUGCAAGACCCGGCGGAAGUCUUUGUCGGAACAGGCGCACAAUUGGAACAAGUACGCGGAUCCAAGGAUCGUAUGAUGGCCAUCUUUGAUCACAUUGAAAGAGCAGACGGCCGGCUAGACCCGCGCAAGCGCUUAGUCUCUCAUCGCGCUUCCAGGACAGCACAUGACUCCUGCAGCAUCCCUCGCGUCGCCACGGCCUUGGCAUCCAUCCCGUGCUCCAGUCAGCCGUCAAGCCCAGUUUCGGAAAGUUCCGCCAGCCUCUUCUCUCGCGAUACUGCGUACUACUCGCGCGACACAAGGCCAUCCUCGACGAGUACGCAAACUAGCCAACCAAGCAUCUCUUCAGCCGGCGCGCCUGAUACACCGCCGACCUUGAAAGAUGCUCGUUUUUUUGGAGCAGCUCACGGUACUUCGGUCGAUUCACGACCUUGCGCUACAGCUCCUAGCAGCACCGGCGUCUCUGCGUGGCCGGCCGCCUUUGCUCAAUGCAAUGCUGCUCAAGAUCCGUGCGAGUGUGAUCACGGUCGCGCGGCAGUCAUUCUACACCCCAACGUUUAUACCAAUCUGGGCAGCGCGUCUUUCGACCAUCUCUUUGUCGAGCCACCUCGUCCGGCGCCCCUGCCGCCGCCUAUAUCUGCCCUGCGGCCCGCACGCCACCGGCCCCGUCCCAAACUCGGAAGUGGAGAGCAGAGUGGAUUCUUCACGCCCGCUAGCGGUCCGCGACAAAACUCAGCAAAUUAA